CUGAGCCAAUUGUGAAAGCUAUUUUAGAAGCUAAAGACUUGCAGUCAUUAAGGUUAGAAGGUAACACAUUAGGAGUAGAUGCUGCAGAAGCCAUUGGUAAAGCUUUGGAAAAACGACCAGAGUUUCAGAGAGCUAGAUGGAGUGAUAUGUUUACGGGAAGGCUGCGCUCAGAAAUACCCCCAGCUUUGAGGAGUUUAGGAGGUGCAAUUAUAAGAUCAGGAGCGCAGUUGGUUGAACUUGAUCUAAGUGACAAUGCAUUUGGACCAGAUGGUGUUAAAGCAUUUAAGGAGUUACUUACAAGUACUGCAUGUUAUUCCUUACAAGAACUUAGACUAAACAACAAUGGUCUUGGUAUUGGUGGAAAGAUUUUGGCAGAAGCAUUGAUUGAAUGUCAUAAGCUGAGUACAGCAUCAGGCAAAACAUUACAACUUAAAGUGUUCAUUUGUGGUAGGAACCGAUUGGAGAACCCAUGCGCAAUAGCGCUCGCAGAAGCCUUCAAGACUUUACAAACUUUAGAAGAGGUAGCGAUGUUUCAGAAUGGAAUAAACCAUGAAGGAAUAACAGCUUUAGCACAUGGUAUAUCACUGAUGAUGAAGGGGAUGAAGACGAUGACGACGAUGAUGAUGAUUAUGAAGAUGUAGAUGAUGAUGAGGAUGAUGAUGAGGAUGAUGAAGAAGAGAAAGCGGUGGAUGUAGAGGAAGGUACAAGAAUGAAAGAUCCAGCACUGGUGGUUACAGGAACAGCAAUUACACACAAGCCAGAUGCUGGUAAAAAUCAGAAUGAUGAUUUGACAGAAACAAUGGCCAAUCUGAAAUUAUGACCCCAAGUGCACUUGACUCAGACCAAACUACACCCAAACUACACAUUUUAAAAUGACUUAUAGAGAUGUCUCUUUUGCUGAUGAUCUAAAUGCUAUACUUAAAAUUUUUAUUAUUACAUAAAAAUAUAUUGUCUUGCUCAUGAGACUAAUUGUAGCACAAUAGCAAACUAUCAAACCUAUUUUUUAGGCAAAAUCUGAAUAUAUAGUAGAAUGAGUUAACACCAAUUAUGACUAGAGCAUCUAUUAUAAACUAAACUUUAUUUUAGAAACUUUUAUCAUUCCACUUUUUUAUUCACUUCAAUCUUAUUAUUUUAUGUUUUAAAAGUGUAUGCUAAUUAUUAUGCCAAAUAUUUUCAUGUCCAAGUUGUUCUUAAUUUAUCCUUUUUAUUUUAUCAUGAACACCCAGGCAUGCCACACUCAGCCUAUUGCUUGAAUAUAGCUUGUGUUUUGUGUUUUAUUUACAACACAAAUACCAAUUUCCCAAAUAAAUUUUCCAGUUGUAAUUUUACCAAAAAUA